AUGGGCACUUACAAGUUCACCUGGGCUCACCCGGCCGAGGAGGUCUACGUUACCGGUACCUUCGACAACUGGACCAAGAGCGAGAAGUUGGACAAGGUCGGCAACUCGUUCGAAAAGACCGUCACCCUGCCAAAUGCUUCAGAGAAGAUUUACUACAAGGUUCGUGGCCUUCAAUUCAGGCGAUUUCCUUUCCCCUCCGUACCCAUGACCAUUGGAUCUUCCCACCCGGACUCGGACUCGGACUACCAAACACUACGGCACCUUCGGAUCCCCUUAUCGCGGCGCAAUUGCGUUGUUGGGAGAGGGCACGGCGGCAUGGAGGGGCAGAUGUGGUGGGCAGCGCCAAAUGCGUGGGAGAGCAACAUGAGGGUCCCGAUCGAAAGCAGCGACGCCUCGCCCAGCCCGCGACAGCAUCCGUGCGCCAUCCAGAGGUCCCUUGCUCACUCGCUGUCCUCCCGACCUCUCUCCCCCCGUCUUGGAGAGAGGGGAGCAGUGCUGCAAGGCCACCUGGUGGUCGGCACUCGACUGGGAUCCCCCCAUGCAGCCCACGUCGCGUUCGCGGCCUUGUUUGGCUUUUUGGCAAAUUGCGGCACCAGAGGACACCGGAGAGCGGCAGGAACCAGCAGCAAGCCACCAGGCCAAACCCGCCCAUCAUCUCACAGAGAUGUGCCAGAAUGUCUAGCACCUGCUGGUCUAGCCCUCCUGGCCACCGUAGCUGAGAUGCCACCAAACAACACGGCGUACCAGGCAGGGCACACACGCACACGCGCACAACGCGCACACACAAGAGAGAGAGAGGGAAAGAACAAGAAAGAGACCAAGAGACCACGAGGUUAUGCCAUCCAUCCACAGGAGGCACCGCCGCCAGGAAAGCCAGGAACCGCCCGCCUUCUCCGCCUGCUAAUUUGCCUGGCUGGCCUAGCCGAUCACACUGCUCCUCAAGAACCCGAUCACGAGGGCAACGUAAACAACUUCCUCACCCCCGAGCAGAUUGUCAAGGAGGACAUUUCUGCCGCAACCAUGAGCACCGUCACCCCCGAAUCUACCACCGCCGCUCUGGCCAAGGACGUGCCCCUCGAGAAGAAGGAUGACCUUCCCCAGGCCACCCCCUCCGACAUUCCCGGCGGCUUCCCCAUCACCCCCGCCGCCAACGAGCUCGACAAGUCCUUUGGCGUCAACCCGCUCCCCGCACAAGACGUCACUGCUGAGCCCGUGACCGUCGCCCCUGGCGAACCCAUUCCUCCUUCUGCGAAGGCCGGCGACAUCAACGACCAGGUUAAGCUCGACAAGGAGGCCUACGAGGACUCCAGCGCCCUCCCGGGCCUGUCCAAGGAGGAGACCACCCUUCCUGCCGUCACCAGCAGCACUAUUCCCGAGUCCAGCUUGCCCAUCGCUACCACGGAUGCCACCAUCAACAGCGCUGCUCCUACUUCCACCACUGCUGCCCUCGCCGCCGAGGUUCCUAUCGAGACCAAGAAGUCCGAGGUUGACGCCCCCGAGUCCAGCUUGCCUACUGCGGCCACGGAUGUCACCAUCAACAGCGCCGCUCCUGCUUCCACCACUGCCGCUUUGGCCGCCGAGGUACCUCUCGAGGCUAAGAAGGCCGAGGUCCCCGAGGUUGUCAAGGAGAGCCAGGAGAAGGCUCACGCCGAGCCCGAGGCGAGCGCGAACCCUGAGGCCGUUCAGGAGAAGGCCGUUGUCGAGGAUGAGCUCCUUGACAAGGUCCCCACUGCUCCCUCAACAUCCGAGGGUACCUCCGGCUUUGGCACGCAAAAGACCGAGCUCGCCGGUACCGUCAUUGCUACCGCCGCUACCGCCGGUGGCAUUGCCGCCGCCGCCGUCAUCAACGCCAAGGACAGUGCCGUCGAGGCCGCUGCUCCUACCGUCAACCAGGUCUCCGUUGCCGCUUCCGACGCCGCCGCCCAGGCUUCUGUCGCCGCUACUGACGCGGCUACUGACGCCGCUGCCCAGCUUCCCGAGCCCGUAAAGGAGAGUCUACCUGUGAGCGUUCAGGAGGCCAUUGGCGGUCAGGUCAAGGAGGAGACUCGUGAGGAGGUGGCCCCCGAGGUCCCCGCCGUUGUCAAGGAGGCCAUUGUUGAGUCUGGCAAGAGCCCCGAGGCUGCUGCCAACACCGAGGCUGUUGUCGAGAAGAAGGAGGUCGAGGCCGAGCUCCUCAAGGAGGUCAAGGCCGCUCCCGCCGUUGGCGAGGAAGCCGAGAAGCCCAAGGUCGAGGCCGCUAAGGAGGAGGUCAAGGAGACCAAGGAAGAGGUCAAAGAGGGCGACAAGUCCAAGACCGAAGCUGUCAAGGAGGAGGCCAAGCUUGCCAAGGAGGAGGUCAAGGACGCUGUCACGGAUGACUCCAAGAAGGAGACCAACGGCGUCAACGGCGCUCACCCCGCGACGACUGCCAACGGCACCAACGGCGCUACCCUCGCCACCAUCAAGGAGCCGGAGGCUCCCACAACCCCCGCCAAGGCGCCAUCUUCCGUUCCCGAGUCGACGACACCAAGCCACAGCAAGGCUGCCGAGAGCCCGUCGGGCACCGAAAAGAAGAAGAAGAACCGCCUGAGCGCCUUCAUCGGCAAGCUCAAGAGCAAGGUGCACAGCAAGUGA